CAGGAAUCUGAUGCAACCGGCAGUCAGUGUGUGAAAGCGAGCGAGAGUCAUGGAGGAGAUCAAUGAUAGCACUGCACGGCUCAAGCUGGAGGAAAUGUACAUUUCUGACCGCGAGGGGAACGAUUCCACUGGCGAUGGAACCAAAGAAAAACCAUUUAAGACCAUUCUUAAGGCCAUGUUAGUGGCUGGGAAAGAACCAUUCCCCACUUUCUACGUGGAUUCUCAGAAAGAGAACGAGAGAUGGGACGUUAUUUCCAAGUCUCAGGUGAAGAACAACCGCAAGCUCUGGGUGCGGGAGCAAAUGAAAAACGAGGCCAAGGAAAAGAAGGAGGCAGAAGAUAACCUGAGGCGCGAAAAGAACUUGGAAGACGCAAAGAAAAUCAUUAUCUCGAACGACCCAAGUCUUCCCGCCCCAGUAACACUGAAGAUUCGAGAAUUAGAGGCUUAUCGGGGACAGCGAGUAAAGGUGUUUGGCUGGGUUCAUAGGUUGCGUAGACAAGGAAAAAACCUGAUGUUCAUUGUACUAAGAGAUGGCACUGGGUAUCUUCAGUGUGUCCUAAGCGACCAAUUGUGCCAGUGUUACAACGGAUUGGUCCUGUCCACAGAGAGCACUGUAGCUGUAUACGGCACGCUCAACUUGGUACCAGAUGGAAAACAGGCCCCAGGAGGUCAUGAACUGGCUUGUGAUUACUGGGAGCUUGUUGGCUUGGCUCCUGCUGGUGGAGCCGAUAACCUUCUCAAUGAAGAGUCCGACGUGGACGUCCAGCUGAACAAUCGCCACAUGAUGAUCAGAGGAGAAAACAUGUCCAAGAUCUUCAAGGUUCGCUCCACAGUCAUCCAUUGCUUCAGGAACCAUUUCUUUGACCGUGGCUAUUAUGAGGUAACGCCACCAACAUUGGUCCAGACUCAGGUGGAGGGGGGUUCCACUCUGUUUAAACUGGAUUACUUUGGAGAGGAAGCCUAUUUAACACAGUCAUCUCAACUAUAUCUAGAAACGUGCAUCCCAGCUCUGGGGGAUAGCUUUUGUAUUGCGCAGUCCUAUCGUGCGGAACAGUCCAGGACGCGGCGCCAUCUGGCAGAGUACACCCACAUAGAAGCAGAAUGCCCCUUCAUGACAUUUGAAAACUUGCUUGAGCGGCUGGAGGAUUUGGUGUGUGACGUUGUAGACCGAGUGUUAAAGUCCCCUGUAGCCAGCUUGUUGUAUGACCUGCACCCGGAAUUUAAACCUCCCAAGCGGCCUUUCAGGCGUAUGAACUACUCCGAGGCCAUCACUUGGCUCAAAGAGCACGAUGUUAAGAAGGAUGACGGCACUUACUAUGAGUUUGGGGAGGACAUUCCCGAGGCCCCGGAGAGACUGAUGACAGACGCCAUCAAUGAGCCGAUCUUAUUGUGCCGCUUUCCUGCAGAGAUAAAGUCCUUUUACAUGCAGCGCUGUGCAGAGGAUAAGCGCCUGACUGAAUCCGUGGAUGUGCUGAUGCCCAAUGUGGGUGAGAUUGUCGGGGGCUCCAUGCGUAUCUGGGAUAGUGAGGAGCUGUUGGAGGGCUACAAGAGAGAAGAAAUCGACCCAACACCAUAUUACUGGUACACUGACCAGCGCAAAUAUGGCACGUGUCCGCACGGAGGGUAUGGCCUGGGCUUGGAGAGAUUCCUUACCUGGAUUUUAAACAGACACCAUAUCAGAGACGUGUGCUUGUACCCCCGUUUCGUCCAGCGCUGCAAACCGUAACCCCUAGAACUGAACCCCUCCAUCACUCACUGGCUGCAGACAUCAGAUGGAGGCCAACGCUCGUGCUGUCUUCUUAUAAAGUAACGAAUACGUUGUGGAACAUAACCACCUAUCUACUUACGGAAACCGGCUGCUUUUAUCUCACCAUCUGUAAUUUCACUGUGAAUUUCGUUCAAUCUGUCCCUAGCUGGUAGUCUAGGAGCCUCUGAAGCCAUUCUGUAAGGCCUGCUGCCUGCGAUACAUGCUCUCCCUAAGCCUUGUCCUUUAAAGUAAGAAUAGGAUCCAAGUCAGAGUGAGUCUGGUCUCCCUUCUACCCAUAAUCUCCUUUGAAAAUCUUAUAGAGCCCUACACUCUUGUUAUCCAGUCUGAAUAAGGUGCUGAGAGUAGGGAUGCACUGAAUCCAGGAUUCGUUUCAGGAUUCGGCCUUUUUCAGCAGGAUUCGGAUUCGGCCGAAUCCUUCUGCCCGGCCGAAACAAAUCCGAAUUCUAAUUUGCACAUGCAAAUUAGUGUCAGGGAGGAAAAUCACAUGACUUUUUGACACACAACAAGGAAGUAAAAAAUGCAUAUGCAAAUUAGGAUUCAGUUUGGUAUUCGGUCAAAUCUUUCGCGAAGGAUUCGGCCGAAUCCAAAAUAGUGGAUUCAGUGCAACCCUAGCGGAGAGUCAUUGCAGAAUAUGAUAUAUGGGCCUAAGCCAGGGGGGAUUAUAGGUUCAAGUAAAAUCCAACAGGUGAGGCAGACUCCAUAGAUUACAAUAAAAUAAUGGUGUGCACUAGGCCUUAAUCUCAUCCACACUAUCUAUAACUGUAUCUUGUCCCCUGGAAAAUGCAAUGUUACAUUGGUCUCUCUGUGUUAUUAUUUUCAGACCCACACAAGCUGUAUGUACAUUGUUUGGCCUCUCAGUAAAGACACUUUGGUUCA